UUACCAAAUCCAUAGAACCACAAACAAAAUAUAUAUUUACAAAGAAGUUCUUGACAUUGAUGGAUACAAAUAUAGCCAGAAGUGAGAAGUCAAUACGCAUCUAGUUCCUUUUAGUCAUAAGCGACAACAGAGAGAAGAUGAAGUAUAACAAUCUGGGCAAUAGCGGCAUCCUAGUGUCCGAAUUAUCGUUCGGAUCAUGGGUGACCUUCGGAAACACAACCGACUCUACCUUGGCCUUUGAUUUGAUGAAGAAGGCGUAUGAGGGAGGAAUCAAUAUGUUUGACAAUGCUGAGGGGUACACUGCAGGUAGUUCCGAGACAGUCAUGGGAGAUGCUGUCCAGCAGGGUAUCGAGGAGGGUGUCUGGGAACGAUCUGACUUGGUGCUUACCACUAAGAUUUUCUUCGGUAUCAAGGCCGGCCCCAAUGCCCGCGGCUGCUCGAGAAAGCAUAUUGUUGAAGGCACCCAAGCUGCACUCAAGCGAAUGAAGCUGGACUAUUUUGAUCUGGUCUUCUGCCACAGACCCGACCCACGCACGCCCAUUGAGGAGACUGUACGUGCCAUGAACCACAUCAUUGAUAAGGGCUGGGCGUUCUACUGGGGCACCAGUGAGUGGGACGCAACUCAGAUCACGAAGGCUUGCGAAGUUGCCGAUCGUCUGGGCUUGAUAAGGCCGGUUAUGGAUCAGGUACAAUACAACAUGUUCCACCGAGACAAAGUGGAGCGCGAUUACCAACCCCUGUAUAAUGACUACGGAUACGGUCUUACCAUUUGGUCGCCUCUUGCGUCGGGCAUUCUGACAGGGAAAUACAGCGGCAACAAUGUUCCAGAGGGAUCACGUCUUGCCCAAGAAGAAUACAAAUGGUUGAAGGACUCAAAGUUUGUCAAACAGGCCGACCAGAUUACGCGAACAGACAACUUGAAACCAAUUGCCGAGGAAAUCGGCUGUUCGCUAGCGCAGCUCGCAAUUGCUUGGUGUGUCGCCAAUCCUAAGGUGUCUACCACGAUUCUGGGAGCGACGAGUGUCAAGCAAUUGGACCAGAAUCUUGCAGCUCUGGACUACGUUGAGAAGCUCACGCCCGAUGUCAUGACUCGCAUCGAGGAGAUAAUCAAGUCAAAGCCGGCGGUGGAUGAAAUCUAUGUGCAGACUACGGGCUUGCGAUCAGGACCUAAUUAUUAGUUCAGCGGAACACAUGAAAAUAUUCCAAUGUACGUUGCAAGAACACCAUUUUUUUUCAGUGAGCUAAAGGAAUAUUUUCCAAGCCUUAAACAAGUCUAUAUAUGUCCUAUAGGACUCAGUCUACCAAAAAGGUUGGUAAGCUUAGAUAAUUCUAGUGGGUAGAAGAGGCAUGUCGCGCAUCUGCUUUCUUUAUCCAUAAGGGGUGGUCGAACUGGGGGCAACCUCCCUUCCCUCAAGUCCUUUUUUGGAACAUAGAAAUGAUGUCUAGAUGUCCUGUAGUGGACAACCCCGCCGAUUAUAAUUUCAUUGGCUUCCGGCUAUAGCCGAUACAAGUGUAUAUGAGCAAGAAUUUUACCUUGCUAGAAUAAUUUAUGGAAUUCGUCUUGUGGUUGAAUGGGUGCAAACUUCUUGGUACCCUUUCAAAUUAAAAACAUCAUUCCCCAAUAGUAUUAGAAAUUAAAAAUUAACUUUCCAUCGA